GUUAAGAUCAUUUGACUUUUCUCUUCCUUAUUUUUACCAAGUCUUGAGAUAGUAGUUGAAUCAGACGACCUAUUUGACGAUUCUUCCAGCCUGCCAAUUGCCAUUCCACGCACGACUUCAAUUUCUCAACCCGCGUCUUCUUCUUCUUCUUCCUUCCUUCCUCUUUCUCUUCCACCCUUACAAAACCUCCUCCAUAUUAUUCCAAUUCACCAACUUCCGAAAACCCAAAUCCCAUCUCAAAAUGAAUGAUCUAUUUUCAGGAUCUUUCUCUCGUUUCAGAGCUGACGAUCAAUCGGACUCUCACGCCAUAGAAAUGGGAGACAUUACUGGCGGAGUCAAUCUCGACAAAUUCUUCGAAGAUGUUGAAGCCAUUAAAGACGAACUCAAAGGCCUCGAGAAAAUCUAUUCCCAACUCCAAUCUUCCCAUGAAAAAAGCAAGACUCUUCACAACGCUAAAGCCGUUAAAGAUCUAAGAUCCAACAUGGAUAAUGACGUUUCCAUGGCAUUGAAGAAAGCCAAAUUCAUCAAAGUUCGUCUCGAAGCCUUAGACAGAUCAAAUGCAGCGAAUCGAAGCCUCCCUGGAUGUGGACCCGGAAGUUCAUCUGACAGGACGAGAACUUCAGUUGUGAACGGAUUAAGGAAGAAACUUCAAGAGUCAAUGAAUCAGUUCAACGAGCUAAGGCAAAAGAUGGCAUCUGAAUAUAGGGAAACAGUUCAACGACGAUAUUAUACCGUCACAGGAGAAAAUCCUGAUGAAGCAGUUCUUGAUACACUCAUAUCUACAGGUCAAAGUGAGACGUUCUUGCAAAAGGCAAUUCAAGAGCAAGGGAGAGGACAAGUGAUGGAUACAGUUAUGGAAAUUCAAGAAAGGCAUGAAGCUGUGAAGGAAUUGGAGAGGAAUUUGAAAGAAUUGCAUCAAGUAUUCUUGGACAUGGCUGUUUUGGUUGAAAGUCAAGGAGCUCAACUUGAUGAUAUUGAGAGCCAAGUGAAUAGGGCUAAUUCCUUCGUUAGAGGGGGUGCUCAGCAACUGCAAGUGGCAAGGAAGCACCAGAAGAACACUAGAAAAUGGACUUGUUUUGCUAUUAUUCUUCUGCUUAUCAUCAUUUUGGUGGUGGUUCUUUCUAUUCAGCCAUGGAAAAAAUGAGAAUUUGUCUAUGGUCAAAGGUCUUCUGGUGGACCCCUUCAAUGUUUUGAAUAUUCUAAAUUUUUAUAUUUUAUUAUUUUAGCCAUGCUUAUUAUUUUGUGUUAUUUUGGAUUUUUUUUUUGUUUUUAAUGUGGGGAAGAGUAAACUGGAUGGGGGUCCAUGUGCUAUUUAGAGAAAUACUUGGGAGUUCUCUUUUUGUAAUUAUUGCUGUAUUUAGAGUAUAAUUCUUUUUCUAUAUUGUUGGCAGGUUAAUUUGUUUGUUUGA